UUAUUACAAAGUAAAAAUUUUAUAGAUUUGCUUUUUUCGUAUAUUACUAUCUUUGCACCGUCUUUUGAUCCUUCAUUUCUCAAUCUCAAUCUUUGUGGGGUUUAUUCUUUUUUUUCUUUUAUUUAUUUAUUUUUUCUUAUAUUUAAUUUCUUGGGAUUCUUGCGGGCUUACCCAAGAAUUAACAAUGCAAGCAACUGCAACUGAAACUGAAGCUGAAGCUGUCAGCAAUGGAGUUGCUAAUGGUUCUUCUCAGGCAAAUUUUCCAACUCUGGAACCCUCAGAUAAAGAAGUUUCAAAACCUGGACCAAGUGGUAGGCGCUCAGAUCUUUCACUUCGAGUACCCCCUAAACCACUAGGAUUUGGUAGCUGUAGUGGAAAGGGUUUAUUACACUCCCAGGGUUCUGGUAAAGGUAAUUCAUCACCAGGAGGCUUCUUACAUGGCUUAAGCUUCAAGAAAAAAGUUGUUGUAGCUGAUGGUGAGAGAAGCUCUCUCCUCACUCCAGACAGCAAGACAGGUCCUGAAAGUUCUAAUAUGGCUAGUUUUCCAUCCCCAUUUUAUUCGAAAAGAUGUACAUCUCUGCCUGUUACACCUGCAUCAAAUUUGUUCCCGUCAGUUAACGUGCCUGCUUCAGAAAAAAUGGCUGGUGAACAGAAUAAAUCAAAUAAAGGAACGUCGCGUGCUGUGGUUUCCAGGUCCCUGUCGGUGCCUGGACGAAAUGUUGUUAUAGUAAGAUCUGCAUCUUUUGAUACCCGUAAAGAGCAUGUCACUGCAGAUAACAAUGAUGAUCAAAUUAAUGUUGUUCCUGUGGAAAGCAAUGAUGAGGAGAUUCCUGAAGAGGAAGCUGUGUGCAGAAUCUGUUUUGAUGUAUGUGAAGAGGGAAAUACACUCAAAAUGGAAUGCAGCUGCAAAGGUGCCCUCCAACUUGUGCAUGAGGCAUGUGCCGUUAAAUGGUUUAGUACAAAAGGAAACAAAAAUUGUGAUGUAUGUGGGCAAGAAGUGCGGAACUUACCUGUAACUUUGCUGCGGGUGCCUACUAAUGCUCGAAGGGGUAAUAGACAGAACGUUAAUUCACAGAACGAACGAUCAGAAACUGUGAGCGCAUGGCAGGAUUUUGUGGUGCUUGUGUUAAUUAGCACAAUUUGCUAUUUCUUCUUCCUUGAGCAGCUACUGAUUCAGAAAAUGAAGACUCAAGCAAUUGUGAUCGCAGCACCAUUUGCGUUUACCCUGGGCCUCUUAGCAUCUAUCUUUGCAGUCAUCUUAGCAAUCAAGGAGUAUACAUGGACAUAUGCAGCUCUUGAAUUUGCACUCGUCGCAUUAAUUGUCCAUAUAUUGUAUAGCCUGCUCCAUCUGAAGGCUGUUGUUGCUAUACUGCUUUCGGCAUUGUUAAGUUUCGGGAUAGCUAUGACACUCAAUUCGAUGUAUAUCCACUGUUUUGCUUGGAGGGUUCAGGUUGCCCAAAAUUCUAACCCAGUAUGAUUGGAUAUGGUGAAAUGAGAGGGUCCUGCAUUUUUAUGCUAUUUAUUUACCUAGGCCCUAGUUUGUACGUAUUUCUUGCUGAAGUAUAAUGAAUUCAAGUAUAAAAAUCAAGUGUAACUAUCCUGCAGCAUUAGGUUGAAGCUGUUUGCAGCAGCAUUAUGGAGUGUUGUAUUAUAAGUUUACUGAAGCAAAAUUGGCCUCACAAGUAUCAUUUUUUUUCUCCAAAGAUCAAGCAUUUUCACUCCUAAAGUUGACUCUGAUGUUAACAAACUAACUCGCCGUUCAUGGUUCAAGUGACGAGUUUGC